CAGCCGUGCUGUUUGUUUGCGUCUGAGCGGAGCCCUGCCGAGGAGCGGAGUGCUGGCCUGGAGAGGGAAGUGGCGGCGAGAAGGCUCCUGGGAGUCGGCCUCAACCAGAGCGGCUGAGGCUCCGGCUUCCGGCGGCGAGCAGGCCGAAGCGAGGCCUUCCCUGAGCGGCCCCCGCCCCCGCCGGCGGGCUGAAUGGGGCUUGCGAGGGGCUCGGCCGCGGGAGGGAGCGAGCUGCGCCUCCGCUUUGGCCGUCCCGUGAGCUCCGGAGCGCGCGCCUCACUCGCUCCGCUGCGCUAAGGGGGCCGCCCUCGACUGGGCCGCGCGAGGGUGCUGCGAGGAGAGGGUGCAGCGGUCCCCGCUCGGAAGCAAAGGAAAGUGGGGCGCGGGGGUGCCGGUGUUUCCCAUUUGGGACGAGGCCGGAUAAAAGGAGAACGCCUUUCCUUCCUCCUCCAUACAGAGCGGCCUGUGGCUUCAUCAGCUGUCGCCUCCGUUUGGGCGAUCCGUGGAAGGCGGCGAUGGAAUCGACCGCGAAUCCGUGCUAAAGAAAAGAAGGGGUUUUCCGGGCCACCACCAACGCCUUAACGCCUCGCCCCUAAAGCGAAGACUCUUGGACCCCGGACCCUGACGCGUGGGGCAGGGCUUGUGGGUAUAAAGAUGAACAGAUACCUCCCAGUAGCUCGGCAACACUUCUUGGCUGCUCUGGCCAGCACCAGUGUCGUGGUGAAGUCCAUAUGUGCCAUCGUCAUCUUGCUCUACUUUCUCUCCUUUGCUGUGGACACUGUGUAUGGGCUCGGGGUGACGCCUGGGUUUCUCUUCCCGCCCAACUUUUGGAUUUGGACAUUAGCAACCCACAGUGUGGUGGAAAAACACAUCUGGGAUGUAGGUGUAAGCCUGGCUACUAUAGUGGUGGCAGGGAGGCUGCUGGAACCACUAUGGGGAGCCCUGGAGCUCUUGAUCUUCUUUGCAGUGGUGAAUGUAUCAGUGGGGCUCUUGGGGGCCUUUGCUUAUCUUCUCACCUAUAUGGCAUCAUUCAAUCUGUCUUACCUAUUUACCGUUCGCAUCUAUGGCAUGUUGGGCUUCCUUGGUGGUGUCUUGGUGGCUCUCAAACAGACCAUGGGUGACAGUACUGUCUUGAAGGUACCUCAGGUACGGAUGAAGGUUGUUCCCAUGCUUUUGCUCCUGAUCCUGGCAGUUCUGAGAUUGACCACCCUCAUCGAAAGCAAUGUCUUGGCCUCUUAUGGUUUUGGAGUCCUCUCCAGUUGGAUAUAUCUCCGUUUUUACCAGAGGCACAGCCGAGGACGUGGUGAUAUGUCAGACCACUUUGCAUUUGCCACAUUUUUCCCCGAGAUCCUACAACCAGUGGUUGGCUUGCUAGCCAACCUUGUGCACAGCGUCUUGGUCAAAGUGAAAGUCUGUCGAAAAACAGUGAAACGUUAUGAUGUUGGUGCCCCUUCAUCUAUUACUAUCAGCUUACCAGGAACAGAUCCUCAGGAUGCUGAACGGAGAAGGUAAUAUUCCUGCAAUAUAAAACUUGUUGGAGACUACUUAUGUUCACUGUUGAACAUUGGUGAGAAGGAAAUGGAGCAAGUCAUCUAAUUCAAUAUUUUAAAAGUGUCUUCUAUAUUGCUGGUACUCCAUUUGUGCCUAUCGGGAUCUUUUUUAAAAAAAACAAAACGGGAUUUUUUGAAGCUCAGUGUGCUUAUUCUGUCUUUGUAUAGGAGUAGCCCAGUUGUUGUCAGCAGGCUGAUGUACAGUGGUACCUCAGGUUACAUACGCUUCGGGUUACAUACGCUUCAGGUUCGCUAACCCAGAAAUAGUACCUCAGGUUAAGAACUUUGCUUCAGGAUGAGAACAGAAAUCGUGCUCCGGCGGCGCGGCGGCAGCAGGAGGUCCUAUUAGCUAAAGUGGUGCUUCAGGUUAAGAACAGUUUCAGGUUAAGAACGGACCUCUGGAACGAAUUAAGUACUUAACCCGAGGUACCACUGUAUAACAUCAAACAAAACAAUCCAGAAUAAAACAAAUUCAAGCUUCAAGGAAAAUAUUUCAGGUCCUUCUCUAAGUGACAUUUUGCUUUCCCCAAUCACCAACCUGGCAUCCAGAGAUCUCCACAUGGUCCCAAUUGGACCCAAGCCAAGAUGCACCUGUUGCCUGGCUAGUUACUAACACUGUUUGUGGUGUAAUUUCAGAUUUUCUAAAAUCUGCUACAGACAACCCCUGCAUUUCCACAGCACCAUGUUGUUUCUGCAAUAUGUAAAAGAGAGACAAGUAUGCAAGUACAUGGGGGAAACUUAACAUGGGGACCUCAAAAUAUCAACUCUCGUGUUCACGUUUCCCAUCUGUUUGCAUACAUAUCGGAAGUGACAUGAAGGAAUUGUACCAGACAAGUGUUCCCUACAGGGACAGCCCAGCACGUACUGUUUGCUGAAUCACUGGGUGCACAAGGACAUACUAAGUACAGUGGUACCUCGGGUUAAGUACUUAAUUCGUUCCAGAGGUCCGUUCUUAACCUGAAACUGUUCUUAACCUGAAGCACCACUUUAGCUAAUGGGGCCACCGCACCGCCGGAGCACGAUUUCUGUUCCGAUCUUGAAGCAAAGUUCUUAACCCUAAGUACUAUUUCUGGGUUAGCGGAGUCUGUAACCUGAAGUGUAUGUAACCUGAAGCGUACAUAACCCGAGGUACCACUGUAAUGUGUAAUAAACUGCUUUGAAUUUCAUUCUUUAGAAUAUAAAGCAGUAUAGAAAUUUAAGUAAUAAUAUUAAUAAUAAAUUCAACUGGGGAAAAGGAGCCUAGACAUUCCAUUGUGGUGCCCGUAACCUACAUUUAUAUACCAGAAAUUCUAACACUGACUGCAAAUAUACUAACGAGUUAAGACACAUGAAAAGAAGUUGCAUUAAUUUUUUCUUUGUGCACAGAAUCCAUACAAAAACAUUUAAUCCAUCCAAAUACUUGUUUAAAAAAAACAAGCAAAAAUAUUUAAAAAAUCAAGACUAUUAAUAUUAUAAUAAGUAUAUUAAUGAGUAUUUAGAUGCUCUUCUAGUAAACGUAGGUGUAAUUAAGGAGUGUGAGAAUAGCACUGCUGCUGAAAUAAAAACAAUAAAAUUUACUCCUGUCAAACUGAAGAGCUUAGCAGUGCAGUUCCGAGUUUCUACAUUUACCUGGGAGUAAGUCCCGCCAUAGGAUUGCAGCCAGCUUGUCCUUUGCCAGUGGUGCUGCAUAUUGACACUUAAAGCUUAGUUCAAUUGUAGAGUAGUCAUGUUUUUGUAGUCACACUAACUUCAAGAACGUUUCUUUAAAAAAGAAAUUCUAAGAUCUGUUUUUGGUUCAUAAACAACCAAAAACUCUUCUUUACAAACUAUCUUGUUAAACACUGCCAGUGAGUAUUCAACUUAAAAUCUUAUUGUGCUUUUCACAGAUUACUGGCAUACAUUUUUAAAAAUGCAGAAGUGUAUGUAUACUUUUUCUUGCUUUAGUCCUGUUUGAAGACUGUAGUAAUCCGGAAUUUUAGUAGUCUAAAGCAAGUCAGCAAUUUCAGUAAUUGCCACACCUAUAUAUGUCUCUUGCUUUUAACUUAGUUUCGCAUUUCCAAAUGAAAGAACUGAAAGAAUCUGAUGAUGAAAGUCAUUAUUGUGCACUUUACACCAUCAAAAUGCAGAACUCUGAAUGCCUGGAGCAAAUUGAAUGAUUAAGUCAAGUUGUCAGGCAGUUAAUAGCACUAUGUGUGUAGAUAUAACUGUGCAGUGUGUUCCACUAAUACAGCUUUCAGCAGUGUUCAGCUCUGAAGCAUUUUUAACAAAGCUAGGUGUGAUUUUUAACUGUAUUGCCUAAAAUACAGGGGUUAAAAUCACCUACUACAACAUUGUGCUAAUGCUUUGAGCCAACUGUUGUCCCAAUUACAUAUGCAGAAGAUCUAUUGUGUCUUUUAAAGGCUUGCCAGCUUUCUUCAGCUUAGGAGAAGCUUAUCCCACAUGUCCCAAUGGCAUGCUUGGAGCUCUGCUUGGCACAAAGGAAGCCUUGCUCGCACAGGAGCUCCAGGCAGAAUGGAUAUGACAAAUCCCUUACUAUUUUCUUCUAGGAAGGCAAAGACUCCACAUGUAUUCACUUUGUGCUAGUAAAAUAUUCACCUCAUGAAUGGGAAUAUUCUGUAAGAUAGGGAUGCUCCAAAUAUUGUUGGCCUCAAACUCUCCAUCAGCGCCCCCAGCCAGCAUGGCCAGUGCUCAGGAAUGAUGGACAAUGCAGGUCAGCAAUCCCUGGAGGUCCCAAGGUUAGCCACCCCUGUUUUUUUUGAUGUUCAGCAUGCAUAUUGGAACAGUUGAAUGAUGACUAUCUGAUUAUGAUGAGCAAUUUGGUGCAGAUCUAAAUAAUUAUUUGAUUGUAUCAAAGGCAGAAGUAGAUAGGACCCAGCAACAGACUACCUCUUCUCUGAAUAUCAAAGUUAUCUCUGAAUAUCAAGGUUAAGUGCUGGUACAUCUGACAAUAGGGAACUUGUAGUUAUACAUAUGCUGGUAGAAUCCAGCUCCUGUCAGCCCCAAACAGCAUGACUAAUGGACAGGGGUGACAGAAUUUAGAGGCCAGUGACAUCUGGAGGUCACAGGUUCCUCAUGCCUUUGAAGGUUAUCAGAAUAGCUGAAUGUAGCCUUGAAUGCUGUUUUUAGGUGAAAACGAGGAAAUACAACAUUUCUAAAAUGGUUGUUGUUGGCAUCUGUCUGUGUCGAGAAACAAUGGAAUGGACCUCCAGGGGUGAAGUAAAACUGCUGUGUUAGCAGCACCGAAGUGACCUCCCCAGGCCUCAAGCCUGGGAAGUGUGUAUGGUGGUCCUGGGCUGCUCAGACAACAAGACCCCCCUCUUGGCCUCGCUGAUGUGAUCCAAAAUGAAGCAGAGCAAUGUUUGGUACCAGCAUGGCUGCAGGAGUUGCCAGAAAGAGGCAUUCGAGGAACCAUCCAACAGUCUUAGGAACUUCCUCCAGAUUUGUGUAGGGUUUACUCCUGAGCUUUUUCAUCUCCUGGAGAUAGCCCACAAGGCAGCAGAGGUUUAGAAUCAGAGUUUUCCUUCUCACAGAAGUUUUGCCUUCCCAGGUUGACAAGCCCCAUCUGCCUAUCACUUCCCUCUACAGCAUGUGCAGAAACAGCCUUCUUGACCACUCAUCUGCUCUAUUCGCUGGAGCCUGUCUUUGCAUUCAAAGGAAGUCCCUAACUCACUAAGGGUUUGAGACCCUUCAGCUACCCUCAUCUGGUUUAGCCAGCCAGUCAAAGUCAUUUCCUGGUGUGUGGCCGCUGUUGCAUGCUGACAGUUUCUAGGAGCCACAGGUGAGAGAUGAGUGCAGGAUGGGGACCAAAGGUAGACCAGCUGCCCCAGAAGGAGCACAAUGUGUGCAGCAGUUUGACUUCACCCCAGAGACACAUUCCAUUGUCUCUCAUGACAGACAGAUGCCAACAACGACAAAAUCCCUGAUUGCAACGGCACAUCAUUGGAUGCUGUUGCUUGCAGAGCCAUUUCCAAUUCCACUCUCGAUGCACAUGAUUGGGGUUGUGCUUCCUAUCCUUGGAGGGUUGGCCAAGGGUGUCUGUGGCCUUCCCAGCCUUAGAGGGUCUCUGGACUCCUUUGGUGACUUGCACUAGAAAAUACCCCUCUCAUGAAAUAUGCCGCUUAAUAUGCAAACUAACCUACAUUCACUAUGGAUCAUUUUCUCAUUCUGUAGACAACUGGCCCUGAAGGCACUGAAUGAGCGGUUGAAGCGUGUAGAAGAUCAGUCGUCAUGGCCCAGCAUGGAGGAUGAAGAAGAAGAAAACAUCAAGGCUGAUACUCCAUUGCUACCCGAGAAGAGCCGGGACUCUGUCACUGCAGGGAAAGCAGGCAGCCAGGAGUCCAGCCUCAUUACCUUUGAGGAUGCCCCCUCUCAGUUGUGACCAUGAGGCACCUGCCCUCUUCUUCUAUGUGUCCCUGUAUGCCAGAGCUGCUAAUGAUCCUUCACAUGUCCUUCCUCACAGUGCUGCCUGUUCUGCAGGAAACAAAACACUGUGCCUGCUGGCCCUGAGGGAGACCACACGUCCCUUCCAACGUUUGCUCGCCACACUUGGCUGGUGCCAAGUCCCAGGACUCAUGGUGAAAACUUUGCACAGACAGAUCUGGGAUUUGGGCUCAGAAUUGGCAGGCCAGAGGGAGAGCUGCAUCUCUUCAGCCCAAUAAGGAGCGUUCAUCUGAAUAAAGCAACCUGCAAAAUCUCCAACAAAUAGCUGCCAUUGUGGCUGUUAUCACAUGUAUGUGUGCGCGUGUUUAGCUCCUUCUGGCUGGCAGUUCCAGUCAACCUGUGUGGGGCCCUGGGUUGCCCAGCCUGGCUCCUGUUUUUGAGCUAUAACUGCUAGACCACUGUAUAAGCCCACCAGGGCAUCCCAGAGCAAGCUCAGCAAGCAACACAGCACUUUCCCUCUUGAUUUUAUUUUACCUUGGCAGCAUUGGUUGUCAAAACAACUCUGCAACUUCCCCUUUUCCUUUCAGAGUUGGCUUUGUUGUUGAUUAAAUGAGCAAGCACUUUAAACAAAUGCUUUGCUGUAUUAACCCUCCCUCCUUACAGAUUUGGUAGUCCUUGGGAGCUCUGCCAAAACAAGUUGCUGGGUUAGGCAUUCGCAGAACCAGCAGCUUAAAGCCUUUUUAAUAACAGCAUAGCCACUUGGUCCACCUCUUGAAUUCUUACAGUGAUGGCUUUAGGGAUAAAGAGCAGGUUGCUACUAGUAUGUGGACUACCUUGUGGAAAAGCAUUAUCUCAGAUUUUCCAUAGGACUCAGAGGGAAUUAAUUUCAUUUCUGUUCUGUAGCCUUUGGUUGUUCUUCAUUUUCCUUUUGCGGUGAUUCAAAUGACAAAGCUGCUUUGUCUUAGGUGGGGUGCCCAUACAUUCACAGGAUGUUGGAAUGAACUCCUUGCUACAGUAGAAUAUAUGUUGCUGGUUCUGUUUUAUUUUAAAAGGUGCUUUUUGUGGGACCCUUGACAUUUCUUCUGAUGCCUGCUUUUUCUCUUUGGUUAGAUCAUUAUUAGCCUCUUCCUCUCCUCUGGGAUGAGAUGCUUUUUCUUCCCUUUUUUUUUUUUGUGGGUUGGCAAGGCCUAAGAUGUUUUGCCUUGACACCCAACCCCAAAGUAUCCCAAAGGGUACAACUCACCCAGCUGGAGGACUGGGUGAGGGGACACUUAGCAGAACAGGAAGAGAGUGUGAGACAAUGUUGUGAUAAAUUUUUUAAAGGACCACGAGGUUUUGUCAACCAGGUAAUGAAACACAAUUUCAGUAUCAAUAAACAGUUCUUUUGAAGAAUG